AUGGCUGUCGAAAUUUUAGAUAAAGAUCAUUUUGCUAUUAGUGCUAUAGUAACAGUGACUAUGCAAGUAAUUUUUUUCAUAGUAGCAGCAACUUUUCAAAUGGACAAAGUUACCGACUUUGCAGGUGGCAUAAAUUUCAUAAUUUUGGCAUUGUUGACUUUUUUAUUAGGUCAAGGAGAAAGGAGAAGUUAUGACAGCAGGCAACUUAUGGUAACAGUUUACGUGUGUCUAUGGGGAAUGAGAUUGUCUGGUUACCUGUUAUACAGAAUAAUUAAAAUAGGCAGAGAUAAACAAUUUGAUGACACGAAAAGCAACAACAUUCGAUUUGCUAUAUUCUGGACGUUCCAGGCUAUUUGGGUUUACGUAGUCAGUUUACCAGUGAUAAUUAUAAAUUCCCCUAGACAUUCGAUUCCUUUAGCUCCGAAAACCAUGACAACUUUGGAUUCGACAGGAACCGCAUUUUUUAUAGUUGGAUUGCUGGCCGAAACUUAUGCAGAUUUGCAAAAAUUCUCGUUUAGACAGGAUCCUAAUAAUCAGGGCAAGUGGUGUAAUGAUGGUCUAUGGAGAUUAUCAAGACAUCCAAACUACUUUGGAGAAAUUGUUCUUUGGUGGGGCAUCUUCAUCAUAUCAUUAAAUGUUCUUGAAGGUGUUGAGUGGGUAGCCAUUAUGUCACCUCUGUUUACCACAAUAAUUAUAUUGUUCCUAUCUGGAAUACCACUUCUGGAAAAGUCUUCCGAUGAAAAAUAUAGAGAUAUAGCAGAUUAUCGUAGCUACAAAAUUUCAACAUCUCCCUUAAUACCGGUACCACCAUCAAUAUACGAAGAAGUUCCUUUUUUUAUAAAAUUUAUACUAUGUUGCGAAUACCCGAUGUAUAACUCUCUCGAUGAAAAAGUUCCGGCAAAGAAUACGCAUAUCAUCAAGGAAUCAAUUAGCGUAUCAUUGGGAGCUUCGCAGACAUAA